AUCACAUCAACGCCAUCGAUAUUAUCCACCUGCUUUUAAUUUCACUCAGUCCCUGUGACUCUGUGAGAGGAAACCGAGCCAUGAAGCUCUGCUUCUUCUUCUUUUUCUUCUUCCUCCUCCUCCUCCUCCUCCUCCCUCUUGGAGCUCUUGCUGAGUGCGAGUGUGAUCGAGACGUCCGAGGCCGCGACAGCACCGCGGCGCUGCGCUUAAAAUUCGUCGCCAUAGCCUCCAUCCUAGCCGCCGGCGCCGUCGGCGUGCUCAUCCCCAUCCUCGGCAGGUCCGUCUCGGCCUUGCGCCCAGAGUCCAAUCUGUUCUUCGUCAUCAAGGCCUUCGCCGCCGGCGUCAUCCUCGCCACGGGGCUGAUUCACAUCCUCCCGGCGGCGUUCCAGAGCUUGACGUCGCCGUGCCUCGCCGAGCGGCCCUGGCGGCAGUUCCCAGUCACAGGGUUCGUGGUCAUGUCGUCGGCCAUCGUUACGAUGAUGAUCGACUCCUUCGCCACCAGCUACUACAAGCGGUCCCACUUCAGCAAGGCGAGGCCAGUGGAAGAAGAAGGCGAGGAGACGGCCUCGCCGGAUCAAGCGCAUCCCUUCCAUGUCCACGGCCAUGACUCCUCGGACGCCGCAGCAGAGGCGGCCUCCCUCUCGGAGCGGAUUAGGCACCAAGUGAUUUCCCAAGUACUGGAGCUUGGAAUCCUGGUCCAUUCAAUAAUCAUCGGCAUCUCAUUAGGUGCCUCCGGGAGGCCCUCCACGAUUAGGCCUCUCGUCGGGGCCUUGAGCUUCCACCAAUUCUUCGAGGGGAUAGGACUCGGUGGAUGCAUCGUUCAGGCAAGCUUCAGAACCAAGUCGACGGUGGUGAUGGCAGUGUUCUUCUCCCUCACGGCUCCCAUGGGGAUUGCUCUGGGCAUCGCCGUCUCCUCCAUCUACGACGAGACGAGCGCGACAGCGCUCAUCGUUGAGGGCGUCUUCAAUGCGGCGUCCGCAGGCAUCCUCGUGUACAUGGCGCUGGUCGAUCUGUUGGCGACGGACUUCACCAAUCCCAGGCUGCAGAGCAAUGGGAGGCUGCAGCUGUGGUGUCAUCUUGCAGUUUUGGUGGGUGCAGGUCUCAUGUCGCUGCUUGCUAAAUGGGCCUAGCAUUUCUUCAUGGGCUCAUUCCAACCCAUACAUAUUAAUAUUACAUGGUGUUGUGUUGGCAUUAGCAAUAGCUAAUGAUGCUGUCUAAUUGGGGUUUGUUACUUUUCAUCUUUUUCGAUAAAGAAUGAGAAGUCAUUAUCA